UGCAAUAGUACUACACAAAUGUGGAUCGUAUACAAACAAUCACGUUACUCAAAAGUUCCACAUUGCGGAGAAGGAACAGGUCUGUCGGAGUACUGUAAAGAAAACUGUUCUAUGUACAGAGCCAGGUGGCAUGUUUAUGAGUCGGUUACUUCUUUUAAUUACUUAAAGAAACAGUAAUUAAUACAGUGCCAGACUGUGACACUUGAUUACUUACUGAAAACCUGCAUUAAUCUAGGUUUUGUUUAGCUGCAUUUUGUAUGCAAGUUAAACACAUAUCACAUGCAGCGAAGGUUCUAUCGUACAUUUGUUAGAUAGAUAUUUUCUACCCCACCUCCAUCUACUUCAGUUUCCGGCAAUAGGAGGGAGCUGGCAAUCCGGAAAUCAACAUGUCUACUUCAUACAAAAGCAGGAUUGCCGAGUUUAAUUGCUCAUUGGGUGAACCAAAGAUAAGCCUGCAGAAGCUUCGAAAGUUGUCCUUUAAUGGAAUACCCUCUGAAGGUGGGAUACGUUCUCAGUGUUGGAAGAUUUUGUUAAACUACCUCCCCACAGAUCAGACGUUAUGGGCCACCUUUUUAGAAAAACAGAGGAAACUCUACACCCAGUUCUUGAAGGAAUUGAUCAUCCAGCCUGGAAUAGCAAAGGCUAAAUUGGGAUUAUCACGUGAAGAUGUCACUUUUGAAGAUCAUCCUCUGAACACAAAUCCAGACAGCCGGUGGAACACCUACUUCCGAGAUAAUGAGGUGCUGCUGCAGAUAGAUAAGGAUGUCAGACGCUUGUACCCUGAUAUGGCUUUUUUCCAACGCCCCACUGAUUAUCCUUGUCGACUGAUCAUGGAUCCAGAGAAUGAAUAUGAAACACUACGUAAGCGGGUGGAACAGACAACACUGAAAGCACAGACUGUGGCUCGCAACCGCAGUGGAGUUACUAAUGUUAGUUCACCUCUCAAGACCACAGUCUGCAAUUCUCCAAAUGAGUAUGAGGUUUUACCGAAUGGAUGCGAAGCUCACUGGGAAGUAGUAGAGCGCAUCCUGUUUAUUUUUGCCAAGCUAAAUCCUGGUAUUGCCUAUGUACAGGGAAUGAAUGAGGUGGUGGGGCCCAUUUACUAUACGUUUGCCACAGAUCCUAAUGAUGCUUGGAAAGAGCAUGCAGAGGCUGACACUUUCUUCUGCUUUACAAACUUAAUGUCAGAGAUAAAAGAUAACUUUAUUAAGAGUCUGGAUGACUCUCAGUGCGGCAUUUCCUAUAAAAUGGAGAGUGUCUAUUCAACCCUCAAAGAGAAUGACCUGGAACUCUACCUUAAACUGCAAGAACAAAACAUCAAACCACAGUUUUUUGCAUUCCGUUGGCUGACGCUGCUUUUAUCUCAGGAGUUUCUUCUUCCAGACGUCAUCCAAAUUUGGGACAGUUUGUUUGCAGACCAAAAUCGUUUUGAUUUUCUUAUCUUGGUCUGCUGUGCAAUGCUAAUCCUUAUCCGAGACCAGCUGCUUGCAGGAGACUUCACAGUGAACAUGAGGCUGCUACAGGACUAUCCAAUAUCUGAAACACAAGUAAUCCUAAACAGAGCUAAGGAACUCCAAGAUUGUAAAAAAGGAGAAUGACCUGUUUUCGCACACGGCAUUCCAUUCGUGAAAGCUGAUGCCUCACUGUGUGCUGCAGCUGGAUGUGGCAGUACGUAAGUGCACUAUGGGAAAUUCAAGGUUCUGCACUAUCUCCUUCCUUUUGUUACUGGAAAACACAAAGUGCUAAUGAACGUCACUUCACACAUCUUAAGAUUUGCACUGAAAACCAAGUUGUGAGAAAAUCAGCCAGACACUCCAGGAUUUAAUCAUCCUUUUUAAGGAAUAAAAAUCAACAAGUGGCUGCUGCUUUCCUUUUCAGAUUUUUGCAUCCUAGAAGGCUCUUUUAAGGAGAGAUUUGCACUUGUUUUUGAAUUGAGUGCUUAAUUUAUGACUUUUUAUCAGUACACAAGGAGAACAGAACUCAUGAAUUCAUGUUUUUAAGUCAGUUAACAAAUUUGGUCAUCACACACAAGGAUGUUCAGCAGUGUAAAAUACCACAAAGUAUUUCCUUGGCUAACUGGAAUAAAUGUUAUUUUGUAGGGCCAUAGUUUUUACAUUUCUUAAUACAUUCUAACAAAUUUGUGCAGAGUAAACAGGCUAGUAUUUAAUUCAUUUCUUGUAAAAAUUUAUUUUGAGUUUUUUGUUUACGUGGGAGGAGGAAAGAAAUGUAUUAAGGUAGAUUAGAAGAUAGUGUGUAUAUGUAGAUGGAAUAUAUUUUUAGCAUUUAACCAUUUUACUAAAACUACAUUAAGCCAUUCCAGGUUUGUGCUGAUCUUAAAGUAAUGGCAUUUUUCUUUUUAGUUGAAGACUUUGCUGUGCCUUUGAGUUUUUGUACCCAUGCAAGUCAUUUGAUCAUUCCUAAAAUGCUGCAUACUUAAUCAUGGACUGUUCCUUUUAUACCAGUUAUAAUGCACUUAAGCUGAAUGACUACCUUGUUCCAAGUAGCCAGACACUCUGCUGUAAUGUCUAGGUCACGUGCUUGAUUAAGAGGCUACAGGUAUUGGUCUACCACUCCAGGUUCAAGUACAUACUUCAGCUGUGCAAGACUGCUUGGGACAAAAUGUCUGAAUGCCAUCUCUUUCAUGGCAGGGCUGACUGACCCCUGUGCCCUGGAGCUGACUGACCCUUGGUUGAAGGUAUAAGUCAGAAACCAAGCAGUAAUUUUCUGGUGGCAAUAGGAAUGUUGAUGGUGCACAUUAUCAUUUCAUCACAUAAUCACCUUCCACAUGAGGUGUAAACUGAUGGAAAAUGGAGAUCUGGCAUUCUGGUAAGGAAGAGUAGAGCUAGCAAACUUUUGCUGUGGAUCUCCAGCCUUAGUUUGGACUGGCUGCUCUCAUUGUUCUUAUACCAGUAUAGUGCUCUGUUUACAGCAUACUGUCUUUUAGGAGAGGGUGGGUGCUCACUCAGCAGAGUUGUUUCUGGUUGCCAGGGCUAAAAUUAGUAUGUAGAUGAGUUUUUACAGAUUGAUUGGGGUGAGGGCAUUAUGAUAAUCAUUAUGUCAGAGAGAGAGAAUCCUAAACAAACUAAGCUAAUAAAGAAGCACAACCAUUAAAAAAAAGGAGCAUAUAUGUUAGGCCACCUGAAUGGCAUGGAUGAUAUUGUCUGCAGUACUGACUAGGUCUGACAAGAAACACUGUCAAAAUAGCAGUGGGUACUACAACAUGAGCCUGACCCCGCAGUAUUGUGAACCACAGGUGGUAUGACAGGAUUGAUCUAGUGGUGGGACAGAUAAUCUGUGGCACACUUUUGCUGAACUUAUAUGUACUGUUUGAAAGGGAUGAGUGUUUAGAACUUUCUGUUAAAGGAAAGGUGCCAGAUAUUCUUUGUAGUCCAUUAAUAAAAAUGGCAAUAAGCCUCUGUUUUACACAUAGUCAUCUGAUGGAGAUUGUUCUUUCUAUUGUUUCUACCAUUAAGGGGAGGGUGCAGCAAUUCCUAGGGAAGGUAGAGAUUUAACCUUGAGUGUCAGAGUUCUUUUGGAAAGUGUGUUCAACUGGAAUAAUUAUGAAAGCGUAAUUUGUAUUUUAGUUGAUUAUUUUUGAAUAUGGAUUUUGCAGGAUUUUGAUUGCCUACAAAAUAAGAAUUAUGCAACAAUGAGCCUUAAUUCUUCCAUUGCGAUUAACUAAAGGAAAGGUUUUAGCAAUGUUAAAGCACAGCUAUCACAGCAGAAUGGUCUAACUCAGAAGGCUAAAGUAUUCACUUGCCACCAUUACUAGAUUGUCACUAAGUUCUAUAAACAAAUGCACAAGCAAACUUUCAGUUCUGCACAGUAGUGCAGCAGAAAUAUCGCAUACCCCCAUAAGUCCUUUUUGGUGCCUUCAAUACUGCAGGCAAUGUCAGACUGCUUAGAAAGUGUUGACUCUGUUACAGCCACAGUAUAAAUGGAACAAAACACCUGUGAGCAAUGCACUGUACAUGUGUUGAUAUAUACUGUAAUGUGGACAUCUACAGUACAUCACACUAAUGUUUACUGAUUAAAUCCAGUGCAACGAUACACAGUAGUAGCAACCUUUGUGGUCAUAAAAUGGAUAUAUUUUCAAAACAUACAGCUUUCUUAAAGUAACUCCCCUGUAUUGUUUCAGUUGCCACAAGGCUAUGGGUCACUGUGGUUUACCUACUUCAUGUAGUAUUUCAUAUUCUGAUCAUGGGUAAAGCUGAACAUUCAACAGCCUUGUGGUGAUUUUUGCUUCAUUACUGAACAGAAGCAAUUGUAAAUAAAGUUGUGAAACACCAUA